CCUCUCAACUCGCGUCUCUCGGCUGCUUCCUUCGGAUUCAAACUCCAGCAAGGGAUGGUCUUCGUCUUCUUGAUUCUUCACUUGCUUACGUCGUCUUCUUCUUCACUAUUCUUCUGUAAGUCGCCGAACAAGAAGCCGUAAUUGCCGUUGAUUUUGCGAUUCGAAGAAUACCAGAGGGCAAAAAGGUAUUUUCACUUCCCAAAGUGUGUGAACAAAAAAUUAAAAAGUUUGUGUUAUUUUACAACUUUGUAAAAAUUGAGAUUAUUCUUCAAAAAUUCAAUUAGAGGAACGGAACCCUUAAAAAUACACAAGUAAAAAGUUUUGGAAAAAUAGCCCCCCUUUUUUUUCCCGCCAAGACGCUCUGGCAAAUAAGCCCCGAGACCAUUGGGAGAGAGUAAGAAAUGGCGCCUUCCGCUGCACCUGUAGUUGAAUCCCCACAUCAAUCAACAAUCGAAAACAUCGAAAGCAAUUUACAGCCAUUCUAUGUUCUUCAUAAAGCAUCAUCUCGGAAAAUUUCGAGAAAAUCAAACCUGUAUGAAAAAUCAAGGAAGAGAACUAAGCUCCCUCCAUCCAAUUCCAAUGGAAUCGAGAAUCCUGAGACUGACGAACGUGAUGGGUCUCCACUUGAACACCUGCGGAUGGAAGCUCUGGAGCUUGUAUGGUCAAAAAUGGAAACCACCAUUAAGGAUGUAUUGAGGGAUACGAAUGUUAAAGUUUUUGAGGACAUAUGUCGCUGGGCUUAUGAGUCAUUUUCCACUAUUCGAUCAUCUGGGGCACCUAGUUCGUCUUCAGUGACUCGGCCUUUCCCUAUUGUAACUCGUGCUGAUUGUAAAAUAUUGUUCGCAGGGUUGGUUCUCACUAAGAAUAUGGAAGUUGUGGAUGAUUUACUGUCGUUUGAAGAGCUUGGCUUCCAUUUAAAAUCCCAGGGAUGUCAUGUGGCAAGUCUUUCUUCUCAAGAACUUUCUGCCAAGAGUAGCAUAGGUGGCUGUGUCAGAAGUUUAUUGAGACAGUUGUUGAAGGUUACUGUUGAUGCAGCUGACAUGUUCAUCCUAGCAUCAUGGUACAGAGAACAAGGAUACUAUGAUAACCCAAUAGUUGUGAUUAUAGAAGACAUUGAACGAUGUUGUGGUUCAGUUUUAUCUGAUUUCAUAAUUAUGUUGAGUGAAUGGGUUAUCAAGAUUCCAAUUAUUUUGGUUAUGGGAGUUGCUACAACAAUUGAUGCUCUUGCAAACGUACUUCAUUCAAAUGCACUACAGCAGUUGUGCCCUUGCAAGUUCAUAUUAGGAUCACCGGCUGAGAGGAUGGAUGCAGUGGUUGAAGCUGUUCUUGUAAGGCAUUCUUGUCUGUUCAGCAUUGGUCAUCAGGUUGCCGUCUUUCUGAGGAAGUACUUCUUAAAUCAGGACGGCACUUUAACAUCCUUUAUAAGGGCCAUGAAGAUUGGAUGUGUCCAGCACUUCUCCAUGGAACCGUUAAGCUUUAUGCUUCCCAGAUUGCUUGUUGAAGAAGAGAAUAAGGGUUCUCAGGAUGGGAAUGCUGCCUUUUUGCUGGACGUUCUAUCCAAGCAUGCUUCAGAUCUUCUGUCUAAUUCAAGGUACCCAUUGGCCGAACGGACUGGUAAUGAUCUUGGUCAUAUAUUGUCAGAACUAAAGAGAUGGCAGAAGGGUUGGAGUGCUGUUCUGCUGUGUCUUUAUGAAGUUGGAAAGUUUGGCAAAGUUCAGUUGCUUGACUUACUUUGUGAGGCACUUGAUCCACAACUUUUCAGACCAAUAACUUCUGAAAAUUCCAGAAUAUUGCAGCAAGGACAGGGGAUAUCCUCUUCAAGUAGUUGUGAGGUACAAUAUCAAUUUUCAUCACGCAAGGAUGGGUAUAUUUGUCAAGCAAUUGGCAAACUGAGGGAUCUUCCUGCUGAGCAUCUUCAUAAGUUGCUUUUAAGUUGGGAAAAGAUUACUGGCUACGUUCCUGAGAUCCAUGACAAAGUGAAGGACUUGCUGUUGGCUUUCAAGCUUGGGGAUGGAAAGAGUUCAGAAAAAGACAUUGCAGAUUUAGCCAAAAGACAUGCAUCACGAAGAGACUUAUUUGUUAAAAAUUCAAAGCCUAUGAUUGAGAAAGCUGAGUCAUUUCUUAGUACAUUGGUCAGUGAACAUAUGAGGCCAAUUGAAUGCAUACCCUUUCACGAACUUAUCUGCUUCAAAGAUGUUAGAAAACUUCAGCUGGCUUUGAUUGGAGACCCAAGAAGAAGGAUUCAAGUUGACCUUCUCGAGUUCCAAAAAAUGAUAAAAUGUACUUGUUGCAGUGAGAACAGAAAUGGUCUUUUACCAUGUACGCACGAUUCAACAAUUAUGUAUAAUUUAGCACAAGAGCAUGGUGAUCUCAUCAAUCUCCAUGAUUGGUUCCAGUCGUUCAAGACAGUUGUUAGUCAUACUCAUGCUAAAUGGAAUCACAGGACAAAGCAAUGCUCUACACCAAAGAAAAGGAAAGAUAAACCUAGCCUUGAAAACAAAAGUGAUGCAUCAGUUCAAGCAAGAUUUUGCACAGCUGUUACUGAACUGCAGAUUACAGGGUUGCUUCGGAUGCCAAGCAAAAGACGUCCAGAUUAUGUGCAGAGAGUAGCCUUUGGACUAUAAGAACUACAAUGAAUCCAAGCUCAAUGAUGCAUACAGAAUGAAUGAGAAUCUUCACCUUUAUAACCAAGGUGAUUGGUGUUACUGCCUAUUUUCUUUACUCUUAUUAAUACUUUUACAAUUUUUAAUGUGUAGACAUUGACUGAAACAGGCCAUUAAAAGGCUUAACGAGACAAAUGGAUCGUUGGGAAUGUAGAGAAAAAAUAAUAAGUUAGUCAAAUCUAGUAUGGAUCGUGCAUAGAUGGUAGUUAGAGUCUAGUUAGAGUCUGCAGCUCUUAGAGCUCUUUCAUCUUAGACGUCUGAAGAAGAGGAUCAAACUGACCUCGUUGAUAAAGUUAUGUCAGGCCCUUUGUCAAGGAGAUAUAGACUACUCCUCUCGUUGUCAAUUGGUUUCGAGAUGGAAUCUCAUGAUUAUUAAUAUGGUAUCGGAGUUCAAAAGCCCAAACGAGCAUCCGACCAAGAUCAAUGACCCAAAAGAGCCACGAUCUUAAGGGGGCAUGUUAAGAAGACAUGGGUUACUCCUCUCGUUGCCAAUUGGUUUCGAGAUGGAACUCUAUAAUUAUUAAUAUCGUUGAGCACCAGAGAGAAUACAGCAGUCGGUUUUUAUAUAGAAAGGUUAAAACAUUUUCUUUUUUGAAUACUGGUUAAAACAAUUUUGAUUGUUGAACCAUGUAAUAAUUUUCAAUAUGCUUAAGUUUAUAAAAGCUCAAUUGAAUAGUCUUUUG